AUGAAAGCGAGUUUCAGCUCCGAGGCGGCGACGGCAGCCCGGAGAGGUCUUGAUUCCCUAUUAGGCGAAGCGUCAAUGCGCGAGGAAAUAGCCUGCCGGAAGUCCAGGGAGGAGGCCGACCCGGAAAGAGCGGGAAUGUUUGGGAGAACAAUCCAUGCUUUAGCUCGAAUUAGUGAGGAUCUGUGGCUCGACCCAAAUGAAAAAGGUUUUGGACUUCGGUCCAUGAAUUCUUCCAGAUCAGCUUAUGGAAGUGUUUUAUUCCCAGUUUCAUUCUUUCACAUGUACCAAUGGACGACUACAUCUGAAAUGUGUGACAGUAACAUGUCAUUGGAUCUAAAAUGUAAAUUAGGAAUGAAGUCGGUUCUGCCCAUAUUUAGAUGUCUGAGUACACUUGAAAGAAAUGUAGAAAAGUGCAGAAUUUUUACGAGUGUUGAUACAGGCCAUGUGAUUUUUCAACUUUUCUGCAAACAUGGCGUUAUAAAAACUCAUAAUCUCUAUUUUCAAGAAUCUGAACCUGUAGAAGCCGUUUUUGCAAAGCAUAUGUGUGCUAAUGUAUUGAAAGUUCAAUCAAGGUUGUUGGCUGAAAUAAUGGUUCAUUUUCCAUUGAGUCAGGAAGAAAUUACUUUAGCUGUGACACCACUGAAAGUUUGCUUUAAGAGCUAUUUUGAGGAUGAAACAGAUUUUGCCAAGGCUACGUACACUGAAAUGCAUCUUGAUCCUGAGGAAUUUGACUAUUUUCAAGUUGGAAUUGACUCUGAAGUAACAUUUUGUCUUAAAGAACUUAGGGGACUGUUAGCAUUUUCAGAAGCUACAGUUGCUCCUGUCUCUAUUUAUUUUGAUCAUCCUGGAAAACCUGUGGCUUUCAACAUUGAUGAAAUUGUCUUAGAUGUCACUUUUGUUUUGGCUUCGUUAGCUGAUGUUCAAAGUAGAUCUUCUCAAAGUUCACUCCUUUCACAAAACCUGAAAAGGCCAGAUCUGAUAAAGUCAAAGUCAGACACUGAAGGCAAUCGGACACACAUAGAGAAGGAGCCAAUCAUAGUCAAAGCAGCAUCCAAGAAACCCUUAUGUAAUAAGAGACAGAUCGCCACCAAUGAAUUAGAAAGUUUUAGUGUUCCUGCGGUGAAAAGAGUGGACACACACAUUGCUGAAACAGAAAACUACCUUAGUGUCAUGAAAGAAGUGAUGCCAAAGACUCAAGUCUAUAAUAAGUUUUGUUCCCUGUUUUUUGGAGCAGUUUCACCUAAGCACCGUGACUUCAACCAACCAUGGCUCAAUCUGACACCAAGUGACAGUGAAGAUGAUGAUAGUCAUAGUCUGUUCUCCCAAGUCUUCUGAUGUUGAAUGAUGGCUUCACAAGUUCAGCUUCCAGAUUGUAGACCGGAUGACCCAUUACUAAAACAUGCAUCUGUUUAACAAGUUCUUAUAAGGUUUUUGUUUAAAGAGAAUACCUUAAGGGGUUCGUAGUACUUCGUUCUGAUAGGAUUGAAAAUAAUAUCACUUUAAAUAACUGUUAUUAAAUGUGUGUGGUUGUAAAAUAUA